UAUAAAUAAGUCUACGUUGACAAAAGUGUUGUGGUGUCGUAUGUCUGCCUAAGUAACAGCCUGGAGGAAAAUAGGAUAGCAUGCGUCUGUCGUGGUCAGCCAAUAGAUUGAUAGGUCACCGUUCCUAUCCAUCAGGCUAUUAAGGAGUACCUGGGUUCGCUAAUGAGCUACAUGGGUAGUAUGCUACAAGGAGAUCUUAUUGAUGCAGAUAUUAACUUACGUAGUAAUGUUGACGACAGAUAAAUGUGUGUGCUAACUUUCCAUUUCUAUCAUCAUUUUAUUGCAAUAAAUAAACACGCAUCUAGCGAUAAAUAUGAAGAGUAUGUUGGAUCACCAAGAGUACAAUAAUGAUAGGCACUUAGUUCGUGUCAGUAAAACAGAGGUGAUUAUUUACUGUACAGAACAAUAACUAUGUUUAUUCAAACUUUGAACUGGUUAAUUAGUUAUAUAGAUUGAGAUUUUUUGUGAUUCCAUGGCCCUAAAGGGGCCUUCUCGGUAGCCAUACCUACCUAUAAUAGGGUAAAAUAGAUGUAAGCUGUAAGUAUAAAGUAUAUUUACAUUCUUAUACCUACCUACACGUGCCUUGCUAGUCUAGAAAAGAGACAAAGUUAACUGACGUAAUGCGUAACAUUCUCGAUCUUUAGUUAGACAUACAUAUAAUAUUUGAACGUUAUCGUGGUCAAAAUUAACUUAGGCACAGAUGUGUAUGUACCUAGGUAUAUUGAGUAUUUAAGUUUGUACUCAAUUAUCUAAUGAAUGGCAUUUGCUUUCGUCCUUUUAUUUUCCAGUGCAGAACCGUAGCGUAGUUGGAAACAUUAAAUUAUUAAAAUAGUACCUUACGCCUACUUGGUAAGUAUGUUUUCGACAAAGAGGUACAAUUACCACUUCUUAUUGUCAUUUUGACAAUUUGUGUUUUUCUAAAGAAAUUAAACUUAUGUUAAAUUUUAUCUGACUUUAUUUUUAUAAUAUUAUUGUAAAUACAUUUUACGUCGUGCCUCAUGGAGUCAACCAGUGACUCAGGCCAUUCAGAUAAGACUAUUGACUUCUUGUUUGUGGCGCAGGAGGAACAAAGUUCCGUAGGGGAAGCGCCCCUCCAUGAAUGGGCAUCGUAUAUAGCUCCCGUAGUAAAAGAAAAUAAAAAGAGACAGCUCAAUGCCGAAGGACUCUACGAUCCAGGAAGUGGACUCCUAUGUAACAAAUAUCUAGCAGUAUCAGACAGCUCAAUAUUUAGACAUUUGUAUUAUAACUACCCAGGUGUUUCUGAUCCUGGUAUAAAAGAAGCCCUUCUUUUAUCUGAGAAGCCAGUUGUAUACCCAGACGACGGCCAAGAUCUAUAUUUAGACUUAUGCAAAGAAAUGAAUAGUUGUCCAGUGAGAAUGUUCCACAGAAACUUAAUGAACUCGGAAAUAAAUAUAAGUUAUUAUGGAGUAAACCCACAAGGUGUUCGUGCCAUGGCAAAGGCUUUACAAUAUAACAAAAAUGUGUGCACAUUAAAUCUAACUGGCAAUUUUCUUAAUGACGAUGCAUGUUACCAUCUAGGUCGAAUGUUAGCCACUAAUAAUACACUGACUGAGCUGAUCCUGGACGGCUGUCGUAUUGGCGCCUCGGGUAUACUUCGGUUGGGUGACAACUUCCGUCUCAAUAGAACAUUGGAGCACCUGAGCCUUGCUAACAACGAGCUUGGCGAGGCCGGUGGCCUUCAUUUUGCUCAACAGGUAUUUGAAGGUGCGACCGUCAAACGAGUCAAUUUAAAGAAGAACCAGCUUGGCAGACAGACCGCAUUGGCACUGGCAGAGGUUUGGGAGUGGAAGAACAGAUUUACUUGUCUAGAUCUUUCCUGGAAUAAUUUCUUCCAUGUGCCCUCUAUGGUAAAAAUGCUGGAUCAAUUGGCGUUAAGCGAAUGGUUAGUGGAAUUAAAUUUGAGUUUUAAUUCUCUAGAAGGAGAACGUGUGGCUAACGCUAUUAAAAAUAUACUCCUUAUACCUACGUUGGUAGUGCUAAACUUGAGCCACAAUAAGUUGCAAAAGGAAGCAAUAGAAAUAAUAAUAUCUAACUUGAUUUCGGCUAAGAAAUUAACAACGUUCGACCUGUCCUACAAUCCUUUGACUCCGCAAGAUGCUCAGUCUGUGUUGCAAAAAAUGUUGAGACCUCGAAUCAAAAUAACUAGCUUAGUGAUGAAAGGCGUUUGUGUUCAGAAGCCAUUCUUAGCUUUGCUUGCGAGAGUAAAAAGGAUGAAAAGUCGCAAAAACUUCGAAUGUUACUUUGACACCGUAUUACAAAACUGGACUAUCGUGGAGCCCGAUGCUAGAGAACUGAUCCUGCAACGAGCUCAGUACCUCGGGAAGUCUGGCAGGAAGAAUAAAGUCGACACAGCCUUAUAUUUCCUAAAAUUGGCAAAGGAGUACGAUAGAUCUGUUACUCCCAAAGAUUUCAUCGAACGAAUAGCUGAAGACCGUGUGGCUAUCGAUGAUGAUCUAAUAGAAGAGUUAUCAUGGGUAUUCCCAGGGCCAAAGACACCUAAAUCAAGAACUAUAAAUUUAAAUUUAGUGUGCGAGUUUAUACAGCGGUUGUGGCCGGAUAAGCAGCUGCCGCCGACACCUCCUCCCGAGCCUGAGCCCGAGCCUGAACCCGAGCCGCCGCCACCUCCGCCGAAGGGGAAGGGGAAAAAGAAAGGCAAAUAACUGUUCUUCUUCAUUUAACUUUGUUAAAAUUAUAUUAUGUACCUAUUUUAAUUUUAGGUUACGUAUUUUUUGUAAUACAUAUUUUUGAUUAGUACUCUAAUUCGAUGGCUGUAUUUUUGUAAUAGACUUUAAUUUUCAAUAUUAUUUAAAGUAGACUUCUUAGUUUUAUAUUAAUUUUACUGUGUACUAUUAUCAAUUCUGAAUUUGAAUAUAAUGAUAUUAGACCGAAAGGAUUUUGCUAACCACUGGUGGCAGUAGUUUACUACUGCCGGUUAUUUUAUUUAUUUAGUACCUACAAAUAAUAGCUUUAUCAACUCACCUGGCCAUUGGCCUGCCAUUUUCCAUUGAA